AUGGCGUCUUCAAACGACACGUCCAGCACGACAACACUUCCCACCAACGAUACCGACGGGAUGCAGAUUCCGGUGGGAUUGAGUAGUUUGCUAAUUAGGGUGGUGACGUACAACAUCCGCUACGCCGCCACAGGCUCCUCCCUCCAAGACGGCGAGCAAGUAUGGGACGGCAUCCGCGGCCCCCGCGUAACCUCCCAACUCCGCUUCACCACCCUCAACACCCCCGCCGCCUUCAUCAACCUCCAAGAAGUCCUCAAACCCCAACUCGACUCCAUCCUCGCGGGCCUUAACAAUUCCACCACAUCCCCCCCACCUCCUCCUCCUCAGCUUCGCCAGAAUGGACCUACAUCGGCCCCUAUCCUCUACCGCCCCUCCAUCUGGGAACUGUCGAAUUGGACGACCAUUUGGCUCUCCGAGACGCCCGAGGUCCCAUCGAAGGGCUGGGACGCGGGGAGUACGAGAAUUUUGACGAUUGGGGAGUUCGUGCAUAGGGAGAGUGGACGAGGUGUCGUGGCUAUGAAUACGCAUUUCGAUAAUGCAGGAUCUGUGUCGGGGGACAAUUCUGCUAGGAUUGUGACUGAGGAGAUUCUUGCGCGGCAAAGCGGUGGGAGUAGGGGUGGGAAUGGGGCGACCAAGCCGGUGAUCUUGACGGGUGAUUUCAAUUCCGAGCCGAAGCAGGAGGCGUAUCAGUAUCUUACAAAAGAGAAUUCCCCGGUAGAGGAUUUGCGGGAGCAGGUCCCCGAGGCGGAGAGGUAUGGGAAUAGGAUUGAGACGUUUACGCGCUUUGAUCGCGGGGAUGAGGCGCAUACGCUGAUUGAUCAUAUUUUGGUUGAUAAGAAGAGUGCGUGGGAGGUGAGGACGUAUGGGGUGCUUGCGAAUGUGUUUGAUGGGGGGGGGGGUUACUAUAGUGAUCAUCAGGCUGUUGUUAGUGAUUUGAGGUUAGAUCUGGAGGCGUGA